CAUGGUUCCUUUACUUGACCAGUUAGGGGUGCUGGUGAUAGAUAACGGUCAGUUUCUAAAGGUGAUUUUUGUCUGUCUCCCUUAGGUCUUGGCCUUUCUUCACAGCCUCUUCAUUUCCAACAGCUUGACUGUGGAGCUCACACAGGAUUUCCUCCCCUACAAACAGCAGCUGCAGCUUAGUUUGCAGAAUACAAGAAAUCAUUUCUCCAGUACCCGAGAAGAGAUGGAAGAGCUUAAGAAAAGGAUGAAGGAAGCUCCUCAGACAUGCAAACUUCCAGGACAGCCAACCAUUGAAGGCUAUCUCUAUACACAGGAGAAAUGGGCUUUGGGGAUAUCCUGGGUGAAAUACUACUGCCAGUAUGAGAAAGAGACCAGGACACUCACCAUGACACCAACGGAACAGAAGCCAGGUGCUAAGCAGGGGCCCAUGGAUUUAACUUUGAAAUACUGUGUGAGAAGAAAGACAGAGUCAAUAGACAAGAGAUUCUGUUUUGAUAUAGAAACGAAUGAAAGACCAGGAACCAUCACUCUGCAGGCGCCUUCUGAAGCCAAUAGAAGGCUAUGGAUGGAAGCCAUGGAUGGGAAAGAACCUAUCUACCACAGCCCUAUAACAAAACAGGAAGAAAUGGAGCUGAAUGAAGUGGGGUUCAAGUUUGUUAGGAAGUGCAUCAAUUUUAUUGAGACCAAAGGGAUCAAGACAGAAGGGUUGUACCGCACGGUGGGCAGCAACAUCCAGGUUCAGAAGCUGCUUAAUGCCUUUUUUGUGUGCGCAGAAGGAGUCUCUUCCUCUCCUGAUCCAAAAUGCCCAGGAGAUGUGGAUUUUCAUAAUAGUGACUGGGACAUUAAGACAAUCACAAGCUCCUUAAAAUUCUACCUCAGGUAUGUUUUGCUUCAACUGGGAUUUGGCUUUUCAUUAUUGAUGAAAUUUAUUUAG